AUGAGCGACAGUAAUGAUCAGUCCCAGUACUACGACUCUUCUCAACUAACGUUCAACCCUGAUGAAUACGACGACUUUGGGCAGGGGGACGACAAUCAUGACUUUCCAAUGACGGAUGCAUCGAUGAUGAUGAUGACGGGUGGAACUCAGCAGUAUGGUGCUAGUGGAGCCUCAGCAGAGUCUUAUAGAGCUGGGACGACGUAUGACAACGUGUCUCAGCAGCAGACCGCACAGCCUAGCAGCGGCACUUCGGGUCGAAAGAGGGGCAGGCCUAGAAAAGAGGCAUCCAAUAGCACGGCGCCUGCUACGUUGGAAGACGACGACGCAUUUCCGCCGUUUUUUGAUGAAUCUAACUACAUCCAGCCCACCGAAGAGGACCUGGCAGAACAAGCCGAUCAAUUCGGUGAGAUUUGCUGGGAUAGGUUCCAGCAGGGGCUAAGUGGGGGACCUUCCGAGUAA